UAUGGCGGCGGUAGUUCAGCACCAGCACGUGUUGGCUGCGCGUACUUUGUGUCAGCUUAUCUGUAUUCUAAAUUUGUACCCCAGCAUCCUUAUUCUUUGACAAAACUUCUGUGGAAAUGACUUCUACUACGUAAACGCAUUUUACAAGAACCCGAUUGCCGCCAGCCUCAGGCAGAGCUCUGAAGGUGGUCGCCCUGAUCGUACUCUUGCAAGAUGCCGGCGGGAACGGAAAACCCGGCCGAUUAUUACAAGAAUGUCGCUUUUUCGCCAACUAGGGUCAACGGUGAAACGAAGAAGCCUGCGGGUAAUGUUAGCGAAGCCAUGGGCGAAGCUGCUUCCGUGAAAAUCGGAAAGCGAGCGUCUGGCAGCGACGAAGUUCGUGUUGGAGCCAAGAAGCCACGCCUUGAAGACUCCUCAGAGCUGGAUGAUGUGAAGGUUCCACGAGAGGUGCAGCUAUUUCAGUUCCUGGGCAGCCGAGCGGACGAGAUUGCCUCCCUGGUGAAAGAUGUGGAGCGCAAGUACCCCAAGCUCAUCUCACAGCAGGUGCCUCGGCACAUGCGGAGGCGCACGGUCAGCCACGACAAGCGCCGCCUGCCCAAGCGCCUUCAGCUGAAGCUUGCACACGAGCCUGACCCACCGAAGAGCAAGCGGCCCAGCCGCAAACACCGCCGUCGACCACGCAACCUGCUGGCCGAGUAUGCGCGGCGUCAGCGGCGCCAUGUCUGGCUCGAGACCCACAUCUGGCAUGCCAAGCGUUUCAAGAUGGCCGACCUCUGGGGGUACCGCGUGCCGCUCCAUCCAACGGACAAGGGCAUCCGGGCAGCCUAUCGGGGCAGUGCCAAACACGUCUUGCUCCAUGACUUGUCCUACUACAACUGCAUCGAGCUGAUCGGCAACGAAGAAAUGCUCGUCUCCAAGCUGGCGCUCUUGACGAACACAGACGCAGGUCUCACAUUUGGAGCCAAGUCCUACCUUCCUGGAACCUGCGAAGGCACGGUGGUGUUGUACCACUGUAACUGCUACCCAUUCGGCGCCAUUGGACCGGCAAAAUUUCUCUGGCGUGCCCUUGCCAGUCAGAACGACAACAACAAUACAAAGAACAAUCGCCAGCUGUGGAUUUGGGUGCACCCCACCAUUCACGAGGAAGUGACCGAAGAACUGGUGUCAGUGUUUGAGCUUCAACGGGUGCAAGCAAGGAGUGGGGUGACUGCAGAUUCGAAGGUACGAGACAGUGACGUUAGUGUUCAAACGCCCAGUGAAAGAACUUCAGCUUGUGAUUCGAAGCGUGUAAAGUUUGAAGACUCGAAACCCAAGUUGAAGGUAGAAGCAACGGAUAGUUUCGGUUAUAAACGAAAUAACCGAGCCUGUCGGCCAUUGGCGCAGUCGACGGUUUCCGCAGACGAGACGAAGUCUAAAACGGAAAGGACAGGCAACCAAAAUCCAAGAGGGACAGAAGCGUACGUCGUCGAAGAAUCGUAGGGAGUCAUCGAAAAGAAGAAAAUCGAAGAAAGGAAGGCAUCUGCUAGGGUUGCCAACGACAAAAAGGAGCCGGAAAAAGACGAGGCCUCGAUUUCCGAGGUGGUGCAGCUACCAGUAUACACGAAUGGGUCGGUGACCAUGGUGCAGCUCAAGGAACAGAUGGUGAGGUUCUCGUUGACGGGUCCGCUGGCAACGGGAGUUGUCCUCAACGCGCUCGUGCCUUCCCGGGAGGCUUCAUCGCCCAAGACGGAAGCCUGGUGGAACAAGCGCACUGAAGAAAAGCAGGCUCAGGAGGCGGGCUGGGAGAUGGUGCAGGGGGAAGACGCCGAGUGUGAGCAAGUGCUGCUGCCCCGGGUCCUCGGGCGGACAGUCAGGGACCCACGGAUCCUGUUGCCGGCCAGCAAGACCAAGGUGACUGGCCACUGCCCACCAGACGGGUGUGCCGGGCUGCCCCUGCUUCCACAGGCAAGUGAUUCCGCACUGUGGGACCCACUACUGCGCGAUGCAGUGUCGUCCCAGAAGAUGCCAGAGGCUGAGCUGAACAGGCUGAGAUCGCAAAACCCUACACCUGGUACCCUACUCGAGCUGGGAGAUGCCGAGUCUCGGAUCCCCGUCGUGGCUAUUCGGAAAGACGGUUCCCGAACCAACUUAGGUUUUGGCAGUGGCUGGGACCUGAUCUUGCCAGCCGGCUGGGGUCGGCCGUUUUGGAUUGCCCUGGUUUACCGGGGUGCACGGGCAUCCGGCCUGAGGGAGUUGAGAAGCCUCUCGCUGGAGAUGGGCCUGCCCUGUUUCCCUUUCGACCACCCAGACACGGCAGCUACUCGGCAGUCUGAGGAGGAGAACCGUCGGGAGCUCAUGACCAAGCAUCUGCGGUACCCUCCAGACAAGCGGCCAUCAUUCCUGAAGCUGCGCAUCUCCUGCCCUUUCUUCUUCCCAUGGUCACAACUGGUCCAAGAGUGGCGCACCUUGGACAAGCCAAGCGGCGACAAUGUCGGACACGAUGACGCGUCUACUUUCUACGUCCUCAGAAGCCGCAAGGUGCUCAGGAGGCUGGCGGCUAUUUUCACGGAUGCCAACAAGAAGCGGAAGAAGUCGCCCUCUGCCGCGCCGUCAAAGCAGCUGGAUGACAUCCGCACCACGGCUAAGGCAGCAAAGCUGGAUCUCUCGCGCGCACUUGUCUGCAUAGAACUGACCAGCUGUUCGAGGGGAGUUCCGAAGCGGUUUGACUCCAUCUCCAUGCCCAUGGCAGACGACAUCCUGGCACUGAAGAACAGCGGUUCUGCUGACUCGGUGGAAGCACCUUGCGAGAGCCUCAGGAGGUUGAAGAAACCGAAGGACACCAAAGCCAAGAAGAGAAAGGCACCCAGGCCUACGGUUGAAGAGUUGUUGGCUAGGCCGACAGUGAGCGGUGUGGUAAAGAGUUGCUCGAGACUUCUGUUGGGCGGUGUGGUGAGCGGGGACUACUGUUUCUCGUCGGCGUGCGGCAGGGGACUCGGUUACUGUGCAUUCGAAGGACUUGCACGUCUUGUCGAGACUUCCGCUUUGGCCGGUGUUAGGCCACUUGUGUUGUUCAGGCAUCAGCAUUCGGUUCAGUACAGGUACGCGACUUUACGUGUGCUAGAAGAGUGCUAGCAGGGAGCUUGUGGUAGCAGCAUUGCUGAAUUUUUUGUAAAUGAGAAGCAGUUUCUCACUUCGGGAUCACUCAUUUCAUCAUGUGCCUUUUCAUCUGAUGCUGACUUGCCUGUUAGGCUAGCCCAUCAUCUAUACUGCAACACACUCAGAGCGUGUGACCCUGUAAUAUAGUUUGUUGCUUGAGCUUCCAAGUAUAUUGUGGUUGUUGCAUGUCUUGCGUAAGGAAAGUUGUGUGCAGCAGUGAUGGUGACUUAUUUGUGCCCUGAAUGCCUUGGCUGCUAAUGUUGUUGUGGAACUAAAGUUGCAAAAUCUCAGCAGAUAUCUUGUGAAGUUGUUUCUCCUUACCUUCUUGUUGCCAUUUAAAAAUGAAGGAUUUGUGUUAGCAUAGGUUCAGAUUCUGAUUCUUACAGCAAAUCUCCACUAAGUGCUUGCUCAGCAUAUUUGAAUAACUUUAUUAGAAUGACUAACAAAUUUCACAGGAAAUUAAAAGCGGUACUGCGUUUGGUCCGAUGCACUGAACAACAAACAAGUGACAGCAGGUACAAGUGCUCUUGUCCUUUGUUCUGUUUUUCACUGCACCACACCUCAUCUAGUAUAUGAAUUAGCCCUAGCUGUUACCUUUGUAACGUAUGAAUGCUAGAGUAUACAUUAAGUCUUUGUCACAAGUGCAGGCAAACCUGGUGAUCGAACGACAUGUUCAAGUAUGUAGUAUCAGAGUAAACAUUUGAAUUUGUGCUGAUUCAUGCUAGAGUUGGAGAAGCUAAAAAAAUAUCCAUAAGUUCUAAUUCAGUAUAAAAGCUAUCCACGUUGUCCAUGUUUGAAGUUAAAUGCAAUAUUUGGUGUUAUGUGUUGCACAACAGUUGAAUUUGUGCUGCUUCUGAAGCUGUAGAACUUGUAUAAUUACUGGUGUGUGUGUGUGUACAGUACAACUUACUGAGACUUUUUUCCACAUCCAAGGUUGUUGUGAGCAAACGAGUGUAUUAGUUUCACUACAGAAACUUGCAAAGCGAGUAGGUUUCGAUUGGAUAUUAUGUGAAUAUUGAAGCUGCCACCAGUGGUGAGACGCUUUGUGCUAUGAGGUAGUGCCGCUCGGCACUCAUGGGUCGUCAAAAUAAAUGAAAGU